AUGGCCCCUCGAGCCCAAACAGCUGGCCAGUCGCUUCGAAACCGAAAUCGCAUCUCAAACAAGACCCGACUCAAGGUCAUUAGAGGUAACAUCGACGCCGAUCCACUUGCGGUCGAUGAGGACGACGACAAGGCACGGCUUGCCUCGACUGCUGGAGUCGAUGCUGAGGAUGCGAAUGAACACCAUCUUCAAGCAGUAUUGUCUGCAGCGUCACAUCGAGCGACGAGCGUUGUCCCCAGGGCGUCGACGUCUGCCAACGGGGAGAACAACGUCAGGAAUAGUGACAGAGCCCCGACAGCAUUUAUACCGGUUCCUGAUGCAGCUGGCGUUGUUGAGAACGUCGACGAACUAUACCCUCCAGGUCGAUGGGUGGAGUAUGCAACAUACAUCAAAUUCUCCGACGCUGUCGACGAGUCUUUGCUGUGUGGACUCAAUGAUGGAUUCACCUAUAUUAUGGACGAACGUGAUGCAGAGUGGCUGGAGAAGAACAACCAAGAAGCGCGCGGUGAGGGGACAAGCUCCCAGGCUUCCGCCUCUUCAACUUCUGGUGCGACAACACGAUCCGGGCACCGCAGUACCAAGGGCAAAGGCAAAGAGGCGGAAGCGAACAUUCCAGUGCCGAUGAAUGAAAAUGAUUUCGAGCUUGUCAUGGGGCUUUUCGAGAAAAUUACACACGAUAAUACUCCAUUUCUUCAUGUUACUUUUCAGCAACAGCAAGACAGCUGUAUAUCCUCUUUCUCUGACUACCAAGAUGUGUUCGCGAACGACCUGCCCAAAAACUAUUUUGCUCGUUUCAUGACUCCGCCGAAUAUACCGCCCCCAUCCAUGUUGGUACGCAUGGCCAAGACAGUUUAUCCUCAUUGGAAGCAACGAAAAAUCGAACGCGAAGGCCAGCGUAUCAUUCCUGGUUUGAACUUUGAUGAAUCUGACACGAAGAAUGAAUCUUACAUCUGCUUCCGUCGCCGUGAUCAGAAAUCGAUCCGCAAGACUCGCCAGGCAGCAAUAUCAUCGGCCGACAAGCUCAGCCGUCUUAAAAAGGAGAUUGGACAGGCGAUUGAGCUGUCGACCUCGUUAUUGCAUCGAGAAGGAAUCAAGAAGGAGUCGGUCAUUGAAGCGGCUAAAGACGUCUGGGAGCGGCGUAUCGCUUUCCUGGAACUGAAACGAAAGUCAUUUUCAUUCGCUGGAAAGGAGGACGAAGAAGUGCUGAUCGACAAAGAACGCCAGCCCAAAAAAUCUAAGGCCGAACAAGCGCAGACUAUUCGACUCAAGAGUCGGCCAAAUGGCGAUAUCUCUGCUUCUCCUACUCCUGCUGAACGUCAAAUGCGUCCGAAGGAUAGGUUUGCGGCUAUUCAACAAACCUUUGAGACAGCAAUGAAGCGUAUAAAGGAAGGGGAACAUGGCUGGGAUGAUCAAAUUGACUCGUCUUUCCAGCAGAGUCCUAUUCCUUUACCAGACAAGUACUUCAAAGUUGUCCCCGAGAGCAGCACUGCAAGUGCGUCUGCCACUAGUGAUGAUGUACGUCGAGCACCUGUGCAUACUCGCAUGCGAGUCGGACGGGGUGGACGCCUGUUCAUUGACCGACGACGGCUUCAGCUUCAUGGUGAUGGUGGUAGAAGUUCACUUCGGUCAAGGGACACGGAAACGCGCAGAUCGACAAAUCUGGAUCCUACCGAAACUAGAGAGAGGCUUUUGGAGGAAGAUGAGAGAGCUCGGCGCAUUGAGCGAUGGCGCUAUGAUUUGGCAAGCGAACCGACAGGUGCGGACGAAGAAAACCGGGGCCUAUUUGAUGACUACGAUGCUAGACAUAUGCGCGUGCAAGCAAUGCUUCUCAACGAUGCCGACCCGCUUAUGACUGACAACCGCUUACUUGUGUUCGAUCCUUCGACCGGUACCCACAACUAUGUCAAUCCUGUGAAGCCGGUCCCUAUCACGUCUUUGGUCCGGAGGGACGCAGUAAUGCUGCAGCAAGUGCGGACGGCGUCAGGUGCGCAGCCACCUGCGCCUCAGUCUACUCAGCCGCAGGCAGUCCCUGUAGCCCAAACUAGCUCGAUUCCUAACCCUCUGCAAUCGCCCAUUAAAAUUCCAGCUUCCUCCAGUCCGUCGCAUGCACGUGCCACUUCUAAUGGAGCGCAGCGAUCUCCAAGCAGUGCUUCCGCCACCAGUGCACAGGUUAGCGCCAAUCCGAGUUCAUCACCUCCCUCAAAUCAGGCGAAUGCGAUGCACAUUAACGGUCUUCCUCCGCAGUCGAGCCCAGUCAAUGGUAUGCCUUCAGUCCCCCUUGCAUCUACCAAUGGCGUCGGGAACGGCAACGUUAAUGGCAAUCUGAAUGGUUUGAUGAAUGGUCUGAACGGUGUUGUACCUGGCUUGCAAGCCAAUACAGGCGUCAAUGCAGCCGUCUUUUCGCAGCAGCAAGCAAUUGCCAUGCAAAAGCAGAAUUUGCAGAAGUUCUAUGCCAAUUAUUCCGGAAAUAUGCAACGGAACAGCCAGUCACAAUUUCCGCAGCAUUCGAUGCUGAAUGGUGCUUUAGGAGGAGAAAAUGUUAAUAUUGCGAACGCUGUGAACGGUGUGAACAACACGAAUGUCAUGGGCCCGGUUAACAUGAAUCUGAAACUGCCUGCCAACCGCCAGAUACAAUGGACGAACGCGGCUCAACGUGUCCAGUCAGGACAGGGUAACAUGAUGAACGGAAACGACGCCGCCGCGUUACAGAACCUACAGAUGCAGCAACUUGCAAGUCUUGGAUUACUCCAGUCGCAAAACAUACCUGCGAUUAAUGGCCAUAGUAAUAGCCACCUAUCUCCUCCGCGCUCCGCGCAUUCGCCUCCAAAUGCACUUGGACACGGUUUAUCUCUUUCUCCACAUAUGGGCAGUCCUGCUCAAUCUCAGGUUCAUAUGUCUCCAUCGCGAAACAUGCAGACUCCCGUUCCACCCUCUCCAUCCCCACUCCUUCAGCACCAAGUACCUAAUCUUGUAGGCGGCUUACCCUCGCAGAACCAAGGGUUUUAA